GUUCUGGUUUGUUUUGGUUAGUGAAUCCACGCGCGCCCGUUCCCACACUGACAAAAAGGUCUCCCUCUCUCUCGCUCUCUCGGUAUAUAUAUAUAAUCCAACGCCUCUCCGGAACUAGAGGAACUAUAAUUGAGAAGAAAAGAAGCCUUGAAACUGAAAUAUGGGUAGUGAAAGCUGUGAAAAUACUCUUCUGAAGAAACCAAGAUUUCUAUGCCUUCAUGGUUUCAGAACAAGCGCGGAGAUUAUGAAGAAACAGAUGGGGAAAUGGCCUGAACUCGUACUCGAUAAACUCGAUCUCGUCUAUUUAGAUGCGCCGUUCCCGGCCGAAGGAAAAUCUGACGUUGAAGGAAUUUUUGAACCUCCUUACUACGAGUGGUUUCAAUUCAAUAAGGAGUUUACGGAGUAUACUAACUUUGACGAAUGUCUUCCAUAUAUCGAGGAUUUUAUGAUUAAGCACGGACCAUUCGAUGGUCUCCUGGGUUUCUCGCAGGGAGCGAUACUGUCGGCUGGAUUGCCAGGCCUGCAAGCAGAGGGAUUGGCUCUUAAGAAAGUACCUAAAAUAAAAUUUCUUUUAAUAAUUGGUGGGGCAAAGUUCAAGUCACCCUCCGUGGCUGAUAAGGCGUAUGCUUCUCCAAUUGAAUGUCCGUCUCUCCACUUUUUAGGAGAGACUGAUUUUCUGAAGCCAUAUGGAAUUGAACUCAUAGCAUGUUGCUCAGAUCCUGUCACAGUUCACCAUCCCAAAGGUCACACGGUACCAAGGCUUGAUGACAAGAGUUUGCCUGUCGUCCUUGGCUUCAUCGAAAGAAUUCAAAAGAUGUUGAUUUAGAAGGAAGAAUGAAGUAAAUGAUUCUGAGGGAUAUGCAUUUGUAGCAUAAUAAUAUUAAUGAAUAUGCUUUACGGCUCAUUUUAACACCAUAAAAAUUUAAGAACAUCGCUUUGUUUUCAUUUUUGUUUUUAUGUUCUUUCCACGGCACCAUUUUUUAACCAGUUAUCAGAUGCCCAUCUCACUUUGUACUGCUGUACAAUCAGGAGAGAAGGAUGUGUAGUAUACUUUUUGCUUUGGAUUAUUUAAAAGUAUUUUGAAGUGUAGGUAAUAUGUUUUUUAUUUCAAUUAAUAAUACAAUGAUAUAUUA